CAAAUUCUUAAGGUUGUCAUCGUGGCAAUUCUUUUUUGCGUUUUCAGACGUUAAUAAAUGAAAUCUUUCAUAAUUUUCGUAUGCGAAGAAUUAGACUAAUGUUGCUAAAGGUAUAUUCCAUCUGAGCCCUACAAUGGACUCUGUAACAAGACCUCAGCUGCUGGAAAAGCAAGCGACAAAAACAAGCGCUCAUUGUCUGUUGUGUUUUGCUAAGACCGAACUAGACAGAGGAUCACUAAUUGCUAUUCGUGGAGAAGAAGGCAUACGUCGAAAUAUAGAAGCGCUAAUUCGGAAAUAUUUCGCCGAAGAGAAUAUUGAAAUCGACGGAUAUAUUUGCAGUAAUUGCAGUCAGCAACUCGGAAACUUUCAUCAGUUUUAUCUCAAAAUCAAAGAAAUACAGUGGAAUCAGAAAAUGAAAACAUCUGGAAAGAACAGUCCAAAUAGUUUAGCAGAGGGAUUUGAAAUGGAAAUGUCCAUAAAAGAAGAGAAAAUAGAAGAUAACUACAGUUUCGACCAAACUGCAGAAGUAGACGGUCUGAACAAUUUUUUAGAUGAACAAUUAGGAUCCCAAUCAGAUCAAAAUGGAAACGGAACAGUGCAAAAUAGACUGUUGGAUUCAAUCGUUAACGAGUUCCAGGCCAGUUCUUUAAACAAUGAUCAAUCAGGUGGAUCCAACGCAAAUCAACCGUAUCCAAAAAGGAUAAAAAGAAAUUUCACCGAAUAUUGGCAACCACAUAAUCCUGAUUCACGAUUAUUAAGCAACACUACACAUUCAGAACUAGAUUUAUUGGAUGAAGAAUUCUGUGAGUACGAUAAACCACCUGAUGAACGCAGUCAUCAAUCAGCUUUAACUGGUUCUGCGGCGCUGGAUGAGAUGGAGCGUCUCCGUAGAGAAAACGAAUGGCUCAAGCGCCGUAACCAUCUGUUACUAACGCGGUUACGUGAUGUUCAUGUGCGUAACAAUGACCUUCUCCAAAUAAAUCGAGAAUUGACAACAAAAUUGAGAUCGUAUGAUCCAAAUGCUCUGGCAAAACCAAUUCCAUCGGGGAGUGAGCAUCCUAAAAUAUUCCCUUCAGCCGUGGCACAGGUCAAUCAAAAACCACAGACAGUAAGCCCCUCUUUGAUACCUGCUUCGUUGCCAACUGUGCCAGCGGUUUCCUCGCAAGAAUAUGAUUCGAACAAAUAUAUAUCGUUGAGCGGAGCUUAUUCACUGGAUAACGGUGACGUUGUAGUAAUGGAUUCAGUUAUACCGUAUAGGACCAUGCUAGACAUCGACGCAAUCGAACCAGGCGAAAAAUUUGAUUUGAAAUUCGUUAGCAAACUAGCAAUUGCACUUUGGGGACAUGAAAGAUUAGCUGUGAGCAGUGUUACGGGUCGAAAAUCAAAUAACGCUGGACACAAUGCACCACCAAGUAUUCAGUUGGAACCGGAAAAAUUGAGCUUCAUCAAAGAAAAAGUCUACAACAGAGCUAUUAUGGAAACCAACGAUCGAGUACAGGCUAUGGCACGGUUUGACGAUUCUCGUAUCAAUCGGUUAUUGAACAUAAAAAUUCAAAAUGCGAAACGGAAGAAAACUCUUAACUUUUCCCCGGUGUGAUAGGUGUAGCUAUGCUACAGCUGUGGAAUUUCAGCGGUAUAAACCGAAUUGGAAUACUCAUUCACACUCAAACAUUUUCGAGGAAAAUAAUUUUAGACUAAUCAAAUGACAUUCUUGAUAUAAUAUGGUUCCAUAUUUUUAGUUUUAUGUAUUUAUUUUGUGUCGAUCUAAAGAUAAUUCCAAAUUAUAUUGAAACAAAACUUGUAGCGUGCUGUGUAAAU